AUGUUCACACCUCUCCUCACCUUUCCUCUCAUUGCACUACUAACCUCAACUCAUUCUUUGUGCCUGUCCUUUGGCCACUUGCAGACUGCAGCUGCAAGUGGUCAAAGGCAGUGCUACAGUGAUUUUCAAUCUCACAAAUUGGACCUUAAGAUUGACUUUUUGGCUAUCUAUGUCCCCAGGGACUGGUACCUUCAACUUUGGGCUCUGGGGGGUUAUUUUUUGGUCAUCCAUGUCUCCAGGGACUGGCACCUUCACCUUUGGCCAUCCAUGUCCCUAGGGACUGGCGCCUCCAACUUGGGCUCUGGGGGUUAUUUUUUGGUCAUCUAUGUUCCCAGGGACUGGCAUCUUCAUUUUUGGCCAUCCAUGUCCCCAGGGACUGGCGCCUUUAACUUGAGCUCUGGGGGGACUGGCACCUUUAACUUGAGCUCUGGGGGUUAUUUUUUGGUCAUCCAUGUCCCCAGGGACUGGCACCUUUACCUUUGGGCUCUGGGGGUUGGUUUUUGGUCAUCCAUGUUCCCAGGGACUGGCGCCUUUACCUUUGGAAUCUGGGGGUUGGCUCUGGGGGUUGGUUUUUGGUCAUCUAUGUCUCUAGGGACUGGUGCCUUUACCUUUGGGAUCUGA